AUGACAUUAGUGUCAAAAGUUGACCCUUUGAGGUACAUUCUAUCAAAACCCGUGUUGUCUGGGCGAUUGGCAAAAUGGUCCUUGAUUUUAUCAAAGUUUGAAAUCAACUUUGUCCCGCAAAAAGCAAUAAAAGGACAAGCAUUGGCUGAUUUUCUGGCAGCGCACCCGGCUCUAGACAAUAUGGAGUUUCACGAGGACCUUCCAGACGAGGAAGUUUUCACAAUUGAAACCUCAUCUUGGCAACUUUACUUUGAUGGGGCAGCAAAGAAAUGUGGGGCAGGUGCUGUCAUUGUCUUUGUGACACCUUCUGGAGGACUGAUGCCUUACUCUUUUCACAUUCUGGCUAUAUGUACCAAUAAUGUAGCAGAAUAUGAAGCGUUAAUAAUCGCUCUCAAAAUUGUACUUGAAAUGCAAAUACAAUCACUAGAGGUAUAUGGCAAUUCUCUUCUGAUUAUCAAACAAAUUAAUGGCUAA